AUGGAGAGGAACAUGUCAAGGAUGAUGGAUGUGGUGGAUCAGGAUGAUCCAUCAGGAGUGCUCUUCCAGCUGGAGGAUGAGCCGUUCUCCUGGCCAGGGCCUAAGACGCUUCGUCUGUGCCGCACUUUACAAGGUUUCGGCUUCACUCUGCGUCACUUCAUUGUGUACCCACCCGAGUCUGCGGUCAACUCCAGUUUUAAGGAUGAAGACCAUGGUCACAGGGGGCGACCGCGGAACAGACUGGAGCCCAUGGACACCAUCUUUGUGAAGCAGGUCAAAGAGGGAGGGCCUGCUCACAGCGCUGGACUCUGCACUGGGGACAGGAUAGUGAAAGUGAACGGUGAGAGCAUCAUUGGGAAGACGUACUCACAGGUCAUAGGGCUCAUUCAGAACAGUCAUACGUUUCUGGAGUUGUGUGUGAUGCCAAAAGAUGAAGAUAUACUACAACUGGCCUAUUCCCAAGAUGCCUACCUUAAGGGUCAUGAUUCAUACAGUGGAAAUGCCCACCAUAUCCCGGAGCCACCCCCUGUAUGUUACCCUCGAGUAGACUGUAAGCCCCCGGGGAUGGCCCAGGCCACUGAGACAUCAGCCCCGGGGGUUGUACCAUCUGAUCUAGGAUACCGUGUGGAGAUACCAGUACCUCCCUCCCCUCCACGACCCAUUCCAAAGACACAGACUGCAGUGUGUGUGUGCAAUGAAAGUGUUCGGACAGUGGUGGUACCCCCUCAUGUUCACAUGGGCCGUUUGGUUCCUGUUCAUCGGGGUGACUAUGGUCUAGUAGGCCCAGAUCCAAUGCUGAUCAGAGCCAGGCCUGGUACGGUGUCUGGUGGUCGUCCGCUGUACCCCCACCCGCGCAAAGCUGACAUGUUCCCUUCAGGUUACCAUGGUGAUCCUUAUGCCAUUCCACCUACACACUAUGCGCCUGCUUCCUCCAUUAUCUCCCCUGCUACCCACCAGAACAUUGACUGGCGGACUUACCAGACGUACCGGGAAUAUAUCGAUAAUAAAGGUCUUCACACAUACAGUCGGACUAUUCAAGAGCGUUUAGACAGCCUGCGAGCUGCAUCCCAAAGUGUACACAGUGGUCCCCACUUCGGACCCCAACCCGGGUGGGGCAAUAAGUUACGCCGCAGAAGCACGUCUCAUGACCGGGCUUACCAGGGCUCUUCUGUGCUCCCGCCACGCAGCGCUUCGCAGGAUAGGAUGAGUGGGGCAGAGAGAGCAGCCCAUGCCAGGGACUGGCCUCCUCGUAGUGUAUCCUCUGACGGGCUGAUGCGGAAUUCACCAGUUCAUUCGUCAGACUAUGUGGAGCAUAGUGAACUAGUUUCUCCUGCACCAUGGGCCGCUGCGGAUAGGCAGCUGUAUGGCAGAGUAGACCAGAGGAGUCGUCCUAGUAGACAGUCUCUCCCACCUCGGGCAGUCCUUUACCGUCCUUCGACAGGGUAUGGUAUGAGCGUCAGGGGUGUUACUGGCUCCAAUACGCACAGCUCCAGAAUGGACAUCCCACCCACCACUGGUUUUCCAGAGCGACCUCGCAAUGGAGUAAACCAGGCCAAAGAGCCUCCUUCCAAAGACCAAAGCGGAGCUAUUGUUGGAAUUCGUAUUUCUAAUUCAUCAUUGAACCAGUCGAGAACUAGGGCUGAAAACAUGCAGAGCCCAGAAACUGGAAAGGAAAAUCCAGUCGGAUAUAGGUCAGCAUCUUACUCUGCACUGCCUCCGCAGAGGCCGCAGUCUGGGGCAUCAGCUCAUAGGACACACCCACGGGAUGUCAAGGGACCAACGGUAAAUGGGUCCAGUCUUGUUGAGGGUGUAGUCCUCCGGGAGAAGCCCUCAACAGGGAAGGGGACCCCACAACCUCUCCGCCAUCCCUCUUACAUACUUGCGGUGAAUGACACAGACGGAUCUGAGCCGAAAGGGGGUGGUAUCUGCUGGUUGCCCAAUGAUGCCCGCCGGGAGAUGCAAAUGCAGAGACUUGGGGAACGGCUUGACUCCUCCUUCUGCUCGAGUAAUCUGGACGAAUCACUUGACACCAUUCCCUUCAUCGACGAGCCAGCCAGCCCUAGUGUAGACCAUGAUGGCAGCCAAAUUCCCGCGUCGGCUGUGAUCUCUGACAGCCCCAGCCCCCUCAUGCGCCGGCAGAUGUCUCAUGACCAAGAGUCUCUCAGAAAUGCCUUUCUAGAAUCGGGAACCAAAACAGAGCGCUCAAAAUCAUAUGACGAGGGCCUGGACAACUAUCGGGAGGAAGGCCGUGGACGAUCCAGCAAACCGAGUCUAAGGGUUUUCAAGAAGGCAUUGGAUGGUCAUAAGUCUGAUGACUCCAGCUCCAGAAGAGACUCCUCCACUGAGAUCUUCAGUGACUCCACUAAAGAGGGUUGGCUGCAUUUCCGACAGCUAAGCACUGAGAAGGGCAAGCGGGUAGGAGGCGGUAUGCGGCCGUGGAAACAGAUGUAUGCAGUGCUGCGGGGACACUCCCUCUACCUCUAUAAAGACAAAAAGGAGGGGCUUUCUCACGUCAACUCUCAACUGGAGGAGGAACCUCUUUCAAUCAGCAUCAAGGCCUGCUUGAUUGACAUCUCUUACAGCGACACAAAGCGUAAGAAUGUCCUGCGGCUCACGACCUCAGACUGCGAGUAUCUGUUUCAGGCGGAGGGCCGAGAAGAUAUGCUGUCCUGGAUAAGAGUCAUUCAAGAAAACAGCAACCUGGAUGAGGAGAAUGCUGCCGUAACCAGCACUGAUUUGAUCAACAGAAAGCUCAAGGAAUAUAUAUCAAUGAGUGCACCCAGCAGUAAGACGGAGCCGUCACCCAAAACCUCCCGGCAGUCUCUCAGCAUUAGACACACUCUGCUGGGCGGCAGCAGUAAGAGUCAGAGCCUCUACUUGCCCAGGAAUGAACAGGAGAGGAGUAAAGAUGACUCCAGUCCUCCGAGAGAUAAAGCCGCUUGGAGGAGAGGAAUUCCAGGACUGAAGAAGAAGUCUCAAGAUAAGAGGCCCACCGCUGGCGUCACGUUUGGAGUGCGACUGGAUAAUUGCCCUCCUGCGCAAACCAACAGAUUUGUGCCUUUGAUUGUGGAGGUGUGUUGUAAGCUGGUGGAGGAGAGAGGGUUGGAGUACACAGGCAUUUACAGAGUCCCUGGAAACAACGCUGCCAUCUCGAGCAUGCAGGAGGAACUAGACACUAAAGGCAUGACAGACAUUGAUGUCCAGGAUGAUAAGUGGCGAGACCUCAAUGUGAUCAGCAGUUUGCUGAAGUCCUUUUUUAGGAAACUUCCUGAGCCUCUGUUCACCAAUGAAAAAUAUUCCAACUUUAUUGAUGCAAAUCGAAUGGAGGACCCUGUUGAGCGGUUAAAGACACUGAAGAGACUGAUUCAUGAGUUGCCAGACCAUCAUUAUGAAACGCUCAAGUUCCUCUCUGGACAUCUCAAAACGGUCUCUGAAAACUGUGAGAAAAACAAGAUGGAGCCACGUAACCUGGCCAUUGUGUUUGGCCCAACUCUUGUCAGAACCUCUGAAGACAACAUGACGCACAUGGUCACGCACAUGCCUGAUCACUACAAGAUCGUUGAGACUCUCAUUCAGCAAUAUGAUUGGUUCUUCACAGAAGACGGAGAUGAAGAGCCAACGACCACCGUGGAGCAAGAGAGCACAGUUCAGUCUCAGCCGGUGCCCAACAUUGACCAUCUGCUGACCAACAUUGGCCGCACCGCUCCGUCACCGGGAGACGUCUCAGAUUCAACCACCAGUGACUCUGCUAAAUCAAAGCAGGGUUCCUGGGGAUCUGGUAAGGACCAAUAUAGUAGAGAGCUGCUGCGUAGUUCCAUCUUUGCUAGUCGCAAACGCAAAAAGCCUAAGGACAAGCCUCAGCCGAGCAGCUCUGACGACGAUCUGGACGCUAGUUUUUCUAAGAAUGAUCUUCCAGUGCAGAAUGAUCCAAAUUGGCCUGCUGAUGACCAAACUGAGGAUGCUGAGAGUGAGGUUGGACUUGAUGACCAAAUAGAAAGGACAGAGGAUGAUGAGCAAAGCCCAGGAGACAGCCUUGAACUAACCUCUGGAAACAAGCAGCUCAUUUCCGAACAUCUGCCCCAGGAGACUUGUCCUUUACCCAAGAUCAUCACGUCGCCCAAACCUAGUUAUCACAUGACUCGCCAGAGUUCCCUGUCCGAUCCUCCCUCCAACUACGAUGAUGGAUGUGUCUCAGAUCUGGGCACGCUUAACAGCACCAGCUCCCAGGCCUCAGUACCCAGGAUGGGGCACGGGAGGACACCUGGCCACUGGAUGGAGAGCACUGGAAUGGGCCCAGGAGCUGAGGUCUGCUCCAUCACAUCAGAUUACUCCACCACCUCCUCUAUGACCUUCCACACAGGGGUGGAGUCCAUCGCCCUCAGUCCGGAGGUACAAUCUGUCGCCGAAAGCCGCGAGGAUGAUGCCGACGAUGAAAGAAGCGAGCUCAUCAGUGAGGGACGGCCCAUGGAGACUGACAGUGAGAGUGAUUUAUCAGUCUUUGCUGGUGGCCAAGAUAGCGGGCCGACUGACGAUGGCAACCAACCGGAGCGCAGCAUCACACCUUUGCAAGAUGUACCCAACCUAAUCCCCUCCCAUCUAAUCAUCGCGUGUGACACGCUGGCACGCAAGAGAGGGAGUCGGCAGAAGACAGACAGCGAGUCUUCAGCAGACGGGAACCGCAGCGACAAGGAGUCCAGUCGCUUCUCGCGAGCACCAGAGGCAGUCAAAGGCCGCUCCACCGGCAGUCUGAGCUCUUCCUCUCGCAGCGAAUCAGAGCGAGCCGAACCCAUGUGGCGACUCAGAAUCACAGACCGGUUAAAGAGUCAACUGAGGACGUCAGCAGAUGACAUGUUUGGGGUGGGUUCCGAGCGCACCAGGUCACCCGAGACUCGAAGUAAACGGAAAACCAACAUCCGCCGUAGGCACACCAUGGGUGGUCAGCGGGACUUUGCGGAGUUGUCGGUAAUUGGGGACUGGCAAAGAGUCGAGAGCAAUGAGCUCUCAGCUAUGGAUCGCUUAAAGCCUAAAUGUAGUUCGCAGGACUUCUCCAUCAGAGACUGGAUCGCUCGAGAGCGACACCGAGCCAGCAACCCCGAAGUUAGUCUGGACGUACUAGACCUGCACCCCUCCCGAUCACGGGACCUGUUCUCCGCUGGGUCCUCGCACUCCCACAUGGGUCAGAUCCUUAAUGGAGAUGUAGCAGCCGCUCAGAGCAAGAGUCUAAGCCUGGCUGCAGAUGCCCACCCUCACAAACUCUCUGGUGCUCAAGUGGUCCGUUCCCGUUUCUAUCAGUACCUGUGAAAGUGUGUGUGAGUGUGCGCUCAUGUAUAUUAUAUAUGAGAACACAGUUUGAGUGUCUGAGUAUAGACAUGUUUUAAAGUACUUGAGCUAUGCUUGUAAGCCAUGUUGGCAUCAAGAGUCGAUAUCGUGAGCGAGGCUGCGUGUGUGAUGUGAGAUCGAGAGAAAGUGCAUAUGAAUUGCUAUUGAGCCUUCUCUGGGAGUUGCAAGAAAUGUUUUUCAAACAUCCUGUGAUUUUCCUUCUGUGAAUGAAAUUAUGUACCGAUCCAAUGUUGUACAGUGAACAGAGGCCCUCUCAAUGUUGGCCGAAGUGCAGUAUUGCUGGAAAACUAGGAGAGCUUGAAUUCCGGCGACUAUAGAUUUUAGAUUCGAGACGUCACAUCAUGGAGCAGUUGUAGUCCAAAUGGCUUGAAAGUUAAAGGAAAGUAACCAAGAAAUAGGCUGAGCAGGUAGGUCAAUAGGAUGUUGAGAAGACUAGAGUGUCUUGAGCCUUGAUAAAAGAUUUAUUUAGCUGGAAGUGUAGAGAGGUCCCCGGUGUUGCGAUAAGAUACUUCAGUAACCAAAACAAGAACUUCUUUGCUUUUUAUGCUAAAAAAACUGCCAUUUUCAUUUUUGAAGUGUAUAUAUUUCCCCUUUCUGUGCUUUUUGUUUAUUCUGGCUGUGUUUGGACUGCUUCGCGUGCUGUGCUUUGGAGCGGUGUCUGUUUCGUUUUUCUGUUUUUAAGUGCAGUGCAUGGCAGAUACUCGGCACAGUAAACUUUUUUUUUUUUUUUUUAAAUAAUGGAAGACAAAAAUAAUUCAGUUUUCGCUGAUGCAAUCUGCAGUGUACGUGUUGCUGUUUGUUGUUCUACGACUACUGAGAUGCGAUUACUGUCUCUGGCAUAAAGCUGGAAAAAUAGAUGGGAAAAUAAUGAAUCGUUAAAGAACAAAUCAGGUGUCUUUGGAUCAUGAAAGUGCCUCAUAUUAAAUAGAAUACUGGUCUUGGGUUGUUGAAGGCGCCACAUCUCACAUACAUUAAGAUGUAAAAAAAA